AAAGAAGGAAUAGCGAGAUCACACGGAUCGAUGACAUGUACACAUUCUUUUCAUUAUCCCGCGUAAAUGCGUACUCCAAAUUUCAUUUUCCCUCCAUAUUGCUCUCACGCUCACAUUCAAAAACCCACACACGCUCUCAGUAUUUUUCACAAUUCACAAAACCGAAUUUACUCUCUGAAACCCUACACUUCGCUCGCACCGAUUCUCUCUGAACUUCGAUCAACAUGCCUAAGGCUACCUCCAAUGCAAAACCUGCUGAUAACCUGUUGAAGCGCAAGGGCGCUGGAACUGGAACUAAGCAAUCGAAGAAAGCUGCGAAGGAUCCAAACAAGCCUAAGAGGCCUCCAAGUGCUUUCUUCGUUUUCAUGGCUGAGUUCAGAGAGACUUUCAAGAAGGAAAAUCCUAACAACAAAUCGGUUGCUGUGGUUGGUAAGGCUGGAGGAAAAGAGUGGAAAGCACUGUCUGCUGCUGAAAAGGCUCCUUAUGUUGCUACUGCAGAGAAGAAGAAAGUUGAGUAUGAGAAGGCUCUCCGUGCCUACAACAUUUCAUUGACGGAAGGAAAAGCUCCAUCUGAGGAAGAGGGAUCUGACAAGUCCAAGUCUGAAGUCAAUGAUGAGGAUGAUGAUGAUGAUGACGAAUCUGACGAGUAAAGUUGCUGCUCUUCAAAGAAGAAGAAGCGUAGUAGUAAUUGCCAUAGAAUAAUAAUUUGUUAGUAGGUUUUCAGGAAUUAUGGGGACAUUUUGGAUCCACACAGCUGUUUGUGAUGUGAUAAACAGUUUCAGUGCCUUAGGUUUAUAUUAGUGCAUUAUAUUAAGUUUAGGUUCAGAGCCCCAUGACCUGUACUUAAACUCCAUCUCUAUUAUUAAUACAAACUCAGUUUUCUAUGGUA